UUUAGUAAAUAGGUUUCUUUGGACAAGAAUGCUGGGCAGUAGUGUAAAGCAGUUGUUGGGAGAAACCCUUUCAGAGUUGGAAAGAGCUGUUUUUGUUUGCAGAGUUAAGGCCUAAAGUCAGCAUGUAGCUUCCAGCCAGCCGUUCAUAGCUCUGUUUUGUUGGGACAAUUUUGUAUUUUGCCCAGUAGCGUUUGUAAUAAAUACAGAGUAAUCUGAGUAAAGUAAACUAUGGCUGUGUGGUAGAUGCAUACAGUAACUUUUCCUUGGACUGAAAAACCAUACAAAAUGCAAUGGUGUGGGAUUUUGCUCACUUUUCUUUGACACACAUAUUACUUUGAGAGCUUUCAGAGCAAAGGGUUUCCUGAACCGGGUCACUGGGAAUAUUGCACAUGCAGGUGUAAACAUGUAAUGAUCCUGUUCUAGAAGUGAAGAGCCUUUCAUAAGAGGGUUGAGACGGGACUAGGCAAAACCUGUAAGGGUUGAAGGAUCAAAGAAGAUUCUUAUGCAGAACCUACACCAAUGAAUGCCAAAAAAGAUGACAGAAUCCCUCUGAGCACUUUAACAGCAGGUUCCAAAAGGAUAUUUGUUUUAGACAUAAAAGAAGAGGCGACAUCCUUGGAUUAUGGUGAAGAACACAGCAGAAAUGGAAUGUCCUCCACAAAUGAUGCUGAAGAGGAAACUGGAAAGAAAUUCCUCUCUGAUGGUGAUGUUCAAGAGGAAGAAAAGGAAGUAGGACAGGAGACGUUCCCCAAAGAGAAUGCUGGCAAGGAAGAAGUGAUGAACACUGCACCGGAUCUUUCCAUCAUAAAAGUGGAAGUAGAAGAAAGUCCCCUGUCCACUGAUGGCCAUGUCUUUUCAAAUGACAAAGCAACUGCCUCGACAGCAUCGAUACGAGUACAGCCGAAUCCAGAUGAGGAGGUGGAUCAGCAAUGUGACGAGAACCAACAGAUUCAGCCACUGCGAGGGAUGAGACAACAGUCUGAAGGUUGUCAGGGAGUACCAUCCGCAGAGCAGCACACAAGUCCUUCUUUUGCUGGCAAAGGAAGGAAACUGUCACCCCCUUUCUCACAUAAGGAGGUCGCCAUCUUGGUGAAGGAGGUCACCAGCCAUGCUGAUGAACUGUAUGGUCCAGACAGGUUGCCGCUUAAAGAAAGAGAGAAACUGUGGGUUGCUGUAAAGGCUAUCCUUGACGCCAAAGGAAGUGGAAUUGUAUCUCGAUCUGUGCGCCAAAUCAAACAAAAAUGGGAUGACUUGCAGAGAAGGGACCCACAGGUUCUGGAGGUACUUGGCGGAGCAGUCACUAUUGGGGAACUCAGACAAAAAAGGAGAAGACAGCAGGAGGAAUUCAUGGUUUCAUCAUCGGGCAAGAGGAAGCGGAUGACAAAUGGCAUCAGUAGCACUGACUCGUGGAAAGCAUCAAUGCUGGGCCUACAGAACAGCCAGCUGCUGAGACAAAAGAAGACCACAAUAAGAUCUACAAACCGUAUACUAAAAAUACAGCGGGAGCUGGAGUGGCUGGCAGGAAGAGAAAAGCAGUUAUCAGAAAAAUGGCCUCUAACCGGACUCCAGUCACCCUUGGUACCAGUUGUUGAAGACUGCGCUUCACAGCCACAAGUGACCCCCACACAGCAGGAGGAAACUCGUGCCAUCCAGGCAGACUUAAAAAAACUGCAAAGAAAUGUAGUUUCAUUGCAGGCUUGUUUAGCAAGACUUGAGGCUGGUCAGGCAAAACUUGAAGUCAACCAAUGCCGUAUUUUACAGCUACUUACAAAACUGUCUGCACGGGUGAGGUCACAGCAAAAUCUGUCGAAUGCUCAGCAGUGUCACCAUUAAGAAUACGUUUUUGGUUCACACCAACUAUUGUACACAAUUAUAAAUCAUUUGUUGUAUGUUAUGUAAAUAGUGUUAUUUUUUUUUUUCAUUUUUGUUAUUCUGGUGCAUUUAUUUUGAUAAUACAAACAUUUACCUUAAUUA